AUGGCACUUUCAAAAAGUUCGUCAAUUUUAAUCAUUGGAGCGGGAACAUUCGGAAUUAGUACAGCAUACCAUCUUGCAAAGCGUGGAUAUACCAACGUCCUAUGUAUUGACCGGCAUCCUUGGCCAAGUCUAGACUCGGCUGGUUAUGACUUGAAUAAAAUCAUUCGCACUGAGUAUGAGGAAGAGCUCUAUACAGAACUUGCCCUUGAGGCGUUGCGUGCCUGGCGACAGCCUAUGUGGAAUGGUAUUUUCCAUGAGACGGGUAAAUUAACGACAACCAGUGGACAUCCGGAUGCAGCUCAGAAUCUGAAAGAGUCUUACGAAAAUCUGGUAAAGGCCGGUGCGGCGGAAUCCGUGGAUUUUAUUGAAAGCAGGGACCAGAUAGUGAAGCACUGCCCUCAGUUGGCAGGAGCAGUAAACAUAGAAGAAUGGAAGGGUCUUUGGAAUUCCGAAGCCGGGUGGACGCACGCCAAAAAAGCCCUCGAGAAGAUGGCUGCAGAGUCAGAGAAAAUGGGAGUCAGGUUUGUCUCUGGCCCCGGAGGAACAAUGACAGGGCUGCAACUUGACAACAAGCAAAUAUUGGUCGGGAUUAAAGUCGCGUCCGGUGAAGUCAUCAAAGCUGACCGGUACAUAUUAUCUACUGGGGCAGCAUCUCCAGGCUUGUUGCCUGAUAUUCUGUCAACCCAGGUAUGGUCGAAGUGCUGGACCCUCGCUCACAUCGCACUUACGGAUGAGGAGAUUGAGCAAUGGAAAGGUAUCCCGGUUGUCGAUAAUAUGGAGUUGGGCUUCACGUUUGAGCCCGAUCCAGAGACCAAAUUGAUGAAAAUCUGUAACGCUUUCCCGGGAUAUCAAUUCCGUGAAGGUAGAUAUACCGAUCCCGAAACUGGCAAAACAACUACCUUUUCCAUUCCACGAUACGCAAGCGAUCAUCCAGAGGACGGCAUUCCUGCUGAAGCAGCGGAUGGGAUCAAGCGGUUCAUCGCAGCCGUCAUGCCUCAAUUCUCGGACCGCCCACUUUUGGAAGCGCGUGUCUGCUGGUGUACCGACUCACCAGAUUCGCAUUAUUUGAUAGACAAUCACCCACAACAUUCAAAUAUGCUGUUAGCCACAGGUGACAGCGGUCAUGCAUUCAAAAUGCUGCCUAUAAUUGGUGACUAUAUUGCCGAUGCUCUGGAGGGUUCAGAGCGCGGAUUGAAGAGAGAGUGGAAGUAUGGUGGCCGUAAAGAAAUCAGGAAUGUUACAAGACCGGGAAAUGAGGUAAAAGACCUCAGAGAUGUUCGGCCACUCAACGCCAAACUAUAGACUGGGAUGUUCUGGGAUGUGGUCUCAUGUUAGUAGUAUCACCUGAGUAGCGUUGAAAUUAUUCGUUGUGAUCAU